UGGACGUGCAUCAAUUUUUUGUUCACUUACACUUGUUCGUGUCUUCAUAAUCGUUGAGACAUGGGUGUCCUCAAGUUUCCAAUCCUGCUAGUAUUUCUCAUGCUACUUCUCUUGACUUCUGGUUCUGAUGCCAAGACUUGCAAGGAGGCCAGCAAGACCUAUACCUCUAAGCGUUGCCAGGCCAGUCAAUGUGCUGAGGCCUGCCAAAAGGAGGAAUUUACUGAAGGGAUCUGCAAAGGAGGUUUCCCCUUUGUAUCAAAGAAAUGUGUCUGCAAGAAAAAGUGCUGAAUAAAAACAAGUGAAACUACCGCAUGUUGUGCGAUGAAAAAAGUAAUAAGAUCGUUUAUUUAAAAUAA